CCACGACAAUGAAAAGCUGCAGGAAGGAAGCUGGAGCUCUUAUAUAUUCUCUGCUGGAGUCUACAUGCUAAUAGGUGUCUAUAAUUUUAUCGGGUAAAGUGGUGUGCCAUUGUAAAUUAGUGAUAUUCUGGUUACAAUCUUCCUACGACUGUGAUCGUUAUAGUGGACAGUAACUAAUUCCAUCGUUUGUGUGGUGAAUAUCAAUGGAACAAAACAUUUUCAAAUUUCAAAACUUGGUAAAAGUUGAGACUGAUACUGUUUAGUAAUAUUUCGAAAUGUCUCCUUUGCACGGUGAAGCCGUUAAUUCUUCAGAAUUAGUGACUACAGAUUCGGCUAUUUCUCCGAUUCCUGUACCAUCACAACCACUUCAAAAUGAACGCACCCCUGUGGAUGAACAAAUAAAGCACCACCACCAGCAGCAACAACAGCAGAAUCAUGGCAAAGUUCCCCAAGAUUUGAAAUAUAGUGCAUUGGAUUAUGUGUUUUGGAAGGUGGUGGGCGAAGGAAGUUUUUCAACUGUAUUUUUGGCCACAGACAUUCGCCUUGACAGGGAGUUUGCCAUCAAAGUAUGCGAGAAGAAACAUAUCGUUAAAGAAAGAAAAGUUGAAUAUGUGAAACGAGAAAAAGAGGUUUUGAGUAUUAUUAAUUCACGUAUGUGUACGACUUGCCCAUUUUUUGUGAAGCUUUACCAUACAUUUCAUGAUAAAUAUCGCCUGUAUUUUGUUUUAUCGUAUGCAAGCAAUGGAGACUUACUUCCAUACAUAAAUGGAAAGAAGUUCAAUGAGAAAUGUGUGCAAUUCUAUGCUGCUGAAAUACUCAGAGCUUUGGAGCACAUGCAUCGCCUGGGAAUUAUUCAUCGAGAUCUAAAACCAGAAAACAUUUUAUUGAAUGAGAAUAUGCAUAUACUUCUCACAGAUUUUGGAUCGGCAAAAAUACUUGAAAAUCAAACCUUGGAAAGUGAAGAUAAAUCACUUCCUAACCAUCGUUCCCGUUCUGGAAGUUUUGUUGGAACAGCACAGUAUGUGUCUCCAGAGCUUUUGAAUGAGCAAAGUGUGUCAUUUGCCUCUGACUUUUGGGCACUGGGAUGUAUUAUUUAUCAGAUGGUUGAAGGUCAUCCUCCGUUUUGUGGAAGGAGUGAAGCUGAAAUUUUUCAAAAAAUCAGGAAAUUAGAAUUGAACUUUAAGGAUACUUUUGAGCCCAAAACUAAAGAUAUAGUACUGAAAUUGUUAGUCCUAGAUGCUUCCUCAAGACUUGGUGCCUUGGAUAGAGGUCAGUAUGAUUCUGUGCGCUCCCAUAGUUUUUUCUUGGGAGUUAAUUUUGAAUGUCUUUAUCAGAAGACACCUCCAUUACAACCUCUGUGUCCAAUAAGAGAAACUGUUAGACUUGAUCCUAAGAAUUCCUCAGUGUGUCCUGGUCUCGACAACAAACAAUUAUCUAGAUUGUUGGGCUUAACUCUCUACGAUGGUGUAUCAGCUGAAAAAAAUAAAAAUUAUGGUAAAAUAAGCAUUGCUUCAAUCCUGAGUUCUCCUGAAGAAAUUAGUGGUAGACUUCAUGAACAGACCCAACACAAUGAGUGGCAUUUGUUAGUUGAAGGAAAUCUAAUUCUCCGACAUGGACUUGUGUUUGAAAAGAAGGGACUGUGGCAAAAAAAACGGUUACUUUUUUUAACCACAGGACCGCAUUUAUAUUAUGCUGAUCCUAUUAACAGAGUUUUAAAGGGAGAAGUUUCUUGGAGCUCAGAAUUACAUGAAGAAGCAAAAAAUUUCAAAACCUUUUUCGUUCAUACUCCAGAGCGCACAUUUCGCUGGGAUGAUCCUGAAGGAAAUGCUCUUGUAUGGUGUGAAGCCAUAAAACAAGUAAGAUCGCAUUUAUAUGGAAGUACUAGUAGUAGUAGGUUCAACCAGUGAUUUCCUCUCAACAGAUAUUUAAAGAAUGUUUCUUUCAUUCAUUUAUUUAUGUAAAUGUUUUAUGUGAUCUCUUUGUUUCCCUCACAAUGAAAAAAGAUACUUCAAUAAUUUAUUUUUAAUAUUAUUUAAUUAUAUGAAAAAAAGUAGCAUAUAGGAUAUUUCAAGUAAUGUAUGCCUAUGUUUGCAGAAUUAGUCGCUCUGGAUGUAGUACUGUUGUAACUUAAGGUUCUGUUAAAUAAUUUUCUUGACUUUGAUUAGUUGAAAGUUAUUGCAAGCUCUAAAUUUCCAUGGGAAAUCAUAUUGGACUUAUAUUUUGUAUUAUAAUAGUAACUGAAUAAAUCAUGUUACUUUCUGUUUUCGAAGAGUGUUGAUGUCACUGAUCUGUGAUCUGCUUUCAACUGUGUUUACCGAAAAAUUUAAAACUUGUUUUCUUAUUCUCCUUCUUUCCAUGAUAAAAAAUGGAAAAAAGUAAUUGAGGGCAGAUUAAAAUAAUAUGGAGUUGGAUAUCAUAAAAUGUGAAAGAAAAAACAUUGAACCAGACAACCUGUGAUGGAAAGGAUAGUUUGGCAAUGUGGCAAUGAGGUACAAAUAAUAAUUUAUUCAUUUGGAUUCUCUGCAUUAGCCAGAGUUGAGAAAUGUCGAUGGUAUAGUAACUUAAAAGGUAUCAAGAAAAUUAUCACACUUUCAAUAGUGAAGAAUAGUAUUUAUUUAUUCCGAGUUGAUAUACAAUUACUUAUUAAAUGACUAAAGUGCAUUUACAGUUUGUGGCCUUAAUGCAAUUUUAGUACAAAUGUUAUUGUCCUUUCUAUGCAAAGAAUUAUUUAAUUCCUAAUUCGGGUACAGCUUGACAGUGGUUUCAUGUUGUUGCCGUAUGAAAUCUUCACUUAACUAAUUGUGCAGUUCAUUCCUUUACCACAGUUUCCAUAGUUCAGCCUCACUGUUGGAAGAAGGGCUCACACGAGCUGAACUUGUCAUAAAUGUUUGUUUAAUUGUCUUGUUUUCCUCUUUCAAAUUAUCCAUUUCUAUUAUAGUUAAUAAUUUCUUUACUUCAAUAAAAAACAAUUACCAUCUGUAUCUUUCAAAUAGCUUUCAAAAUAAUGUUUUGCAUAAGUGGUAAUUUAGAUAUUAGCAUUCAGUAGUGUUCUUCAUUAAGUAAUUGAGCUCCAUUACUAUUUAAGAGUUGCUGUGAAUUUUGUGUCUGUAUUUGAAAUACUAACUUCUGAUUUCUACAUUUUUUACUAUAUGUUCAAAAGACGUAUUAGCUCUCUGUGUUGAAUAUUAAAUGUUUUGAAUUUUUCCUGCACAUCUCAAUAUUUCUUUCUCAAACAUUCCUUGUAAGGGGUCGUUCAUAAAUUAUGUAAUGCCAAACAUGGGGGAGGGGGUGUGAGGCAGCGUUAACGUGUUACAUAGAGGUAGUUAGCUUAAUGUUAUGUAAAACUUUUUUUUUUUAACAUUUGUGAAAAUAAUUUAUUUUGUCAUUCUUGUACUGAAGUAUAAAAAUUAACUGUACAAUUUCUAAGAAACUAUUUAAAACUGAUCUAUAUUCUAGAAUCCAAUUAAAUUGGCAUUGUACACACAUUCCCUGAGGGACGUCAAUGAGGGCGAGUGAACGGAUUUGUUGUCAAACAUUUUCAUUCUAUGCGUUUUUCCUUCACCCAAAAAUUGUUCCCAAUCUUUUUCAUUCUAUCCAAUUGUUAGGUGUAGACAAUUGAUUCUGACUUAAACACAAAUUUGUAAAACACAAGUAAAAUUAAUACAAAUUGUUUUUCCUGUUAUAUAAUUUAUUUUUACUUUUUGUAAAUGGGAGAGGGGUGUUGUUGCAAGUGUUACAUAAUUUAUGGAUGGCCCCUAAUCUAAUGAAUGAAAUUCCGGAAAUUGUUCUUUCUCACUGCAAAAACAUGUGUUUCAUAUUGAGAUUGUAUCUGUAUGCGAUUUGUUUAUUCGAGAUUUCAGUGGUAAAUUUUCAAAAUCAUUGAUAAGUUAUGUUAACUACAUUUAGAAGAAAAUUUAAAAUUAUUAUUAUCAUUAUCAUCAUGCAUAGUAAUGUUAUUUAAGUACUUAUGACAAGUAGUACUGUAAUUGAUGAGUGCCAAGUUCUUAGGGAUUGUAUGUGUUCUUUGUGUUUUAUGCUGUAAAUAUUUUACUUACAGAUUAUUCUGUAUGAUAUAAGUGAUGUAAGUUAUACGCUGAAUCAAGGUACAAAUCAUUGAACUGUUUGGUGAAUGAAAAUGUGUACUUAUCCAUUGAACAGAUGUUUUUAAUGUAAGAAUGUAUUUUAUUUGUAUUGUUUUGUAUUUAAAAUAUCUCAUUUACCCCUUGGGGUGGAGCACUAGUUCCAAUCUGCCACCACUAAUUUUUAUCUGUGAUUGUUGUUGCAACACCAAGUAUCGGCUUUAACAAUUUCUCAAUCUUUCCAACAAUUCUAUUAGUAAGGUUUUUGAUAAAUCAAAAAGCGUUUGAUGAUAAAUUUGAGUUUGUUAGUAACUGGGUUAGAUUUGCAAUUUCGCUAUGACUCUAGUAAUAAAAUACUUUUAAUAUUAAUAAAGCCGUGCAAAUUAAUCCAAUAAUUUUUAAUUAUUUAUUGGCCUACUAUAACCAAAUUAAAUUAAUCCACCAGAGGUUUUCAUUCUCAAUUACUAGGUGUAUUAUACAGAAAUUACAUUUAAUAUCACUUCUGACAAAGUUGAAGAGAUAGAAAAAUAAUAAUCAGAAAAGAGGAUGUUGCAUUAUUUUUGGGAGAUCUCUGAACAAAGUUAUGCCAAUAAUAAUAUGUAGUACUAUUUAGCUAUGUGGUAAAUAGCUGUAUAGUUACUUUAUUACCUAUAGUAUGUUGCAUCUAUCUCUUGUAUUCAUUCUUAUCUGUUUGAAUUCAAUUUAUAAACUUAAAACCUGAAUUAUUUAAAUUACAAAGAAUAUAUAAUUUCCAAGAAAAUGUGUCCUUUCAAUAAGUAGGUUCUGCAAGAUUAUUGAUAAUUUCAAAAUAUUUUUCUUUUUAAAAUAAUAUCAUCAAAUUUAAGUAAAUUAAUAACAAUUUAUUUAUGUUGUGUUUAGAAGAAUAAAGAAUGCAAAAAGGGAACUUGACAAAUUUGUCUUGCACUGCUGGUCGUGUUACAAAAAUUAGCGCUACAGCUCAAGGGUUAUUAAGACUAAAAAAAAAUUAACGUUAAUCUUAUUGCAUAAUAGAACAUUAUUUUCUCAUGAAAUAGUUUUGUAUCAGUGUUAUUUAUUUACGAAGAAGAAUAAAUUUUUUAAUAAAAUC